AUGGCUGCAAAGGCUGACCCAAAGACCGCGACUCUUGUCGGCGACCUCCUCAACACCCUCACCACCGCUGCGACCUCGGAUGAGCGACGGACCGCUGCCAAAGACUUGGCUGGUAUCGUCAAGACGGCCGGCGCGCGCGUCGGUCUCACCCAGUACGGUAUCUUGGACGCUUUGAAAACCGCAUCCGAGCACAAGAAAAGCGCUGGAGCACGUGAAGGCUCGGUGCUCGCAAUUACCGCCUUUGUAGAGGCCCUCGGUCACACUGCGGAACCUUACCUCGUUUCCCAACUUCCCCUCGUCAUUGAGCUAUUUGGUGACAAGGACAAGGAUGUCCGUGCCGCUGCCGAAGAAGCUGGUGAUGCGCUCUUCAAGCUUCCUGGACGGUUCUCUGUCCGUCUCCUGGUUCCUCUCCUCCUCUCCCAGCUCACAAACGAGAAAAAGUGGCAAACAAAGGUCGCUGCCCUAAAAUACCUCGGCCGGAUGUCUGAGCACUCGGCAAGCCAAGUAUGCGCUUGCUUGCCUGAGAUCCUUCCCGUCGUCUCAACAUGCAUGUGGGACACAAAGCCUGAAGUCCAGGUUGCCGCCAAGGAGGCCAUGACACAGGUUACUGGAACCAUUGACAACAUUGAUAUUAUUCCUUUCUUGCCCUCAUUGAUUGGAUGUAUCGCCGACCCCGACGAAGUGCCAGAAUGCGUGUUCAAGCUCGCUGCUACCACUUUCGUGACUGAAGUUCAAGCUCCCACCCUUGCCAUCAUGGGUCCUCUUCUCACUCGUGGUCUUUCCGAGCGCAAGCCCGCUGUGCUCCGUCAAACUUGUGUCAUUAUUGACAACAUGUGUAAGCUCGUUGAGAACCCCGCCGAGGCACAUCAGUUCUUGCCUCCUCUUCUGCCCGGUAUCGAACGUAUCAUUGACGUGCAGGCCGAUCCUGAACUUCGUGCUGUGGCUGCCCGUGCGAAGGCCACCCUCAUUCGUGUCGGUGGUGGUGCCGACGUUGAGACUGAGGACCCAGAGACUGUAGCCAAACGCAAGGCCGACGCGCACCAGGAGGUCCUUGACACCUUGAAAAAGACCAUCAAGGACGUUACUGGUGGUGAAGUUGAUACUCAGACGCUCGAGUACGUGGCUGCCCACAUUGAGGCCAUGUAUGACACACGCAUCUUCAACACCCCCGACUGGCACGGUGCCACUGUCGCGUUCAUUGCCCCUUUCGUCGGUGAAGAAAAGGCCAAGGCUCUUGCCAAGCCCUUGCUUGUUCACUACCAGGCCUUGGACAAACUUCGUCAAAAGGAUGCCAAGCAAGAAGAUCUGGAGGAAGGCGAAGAACUUUGCAACUGCGAAUUCUCUCUUGCGUACGGUGGUAUGAUUCUGCUCAACAACACCAAGCUUCGAUUGGUCCGUGGUCAACGUUACGGUCUCUGCGGUCCCAACGGUGUCGGAAAGUCCACGCUUAUGCGUGCCAUCGCAAACGGCCAGUUGGAAGGUUUCCCUCCAGCCGAUGAGUUGAAGACGGUCUUUGUCGAGCACACCCUCCAAGCUGAGGAUGCUGACUUGUCCGUGCUCGACUUUGUCCUUGCUGACCCCAAGAUGAUGGAGAAGAAGGACGAAGUUGUCAGCACUUUGAAGAGCGUCGGCUUUAACGACGAGCGUCUCGCUCAGGCCGUCGGUUCCCUUUCUGGUGGUUGGAAGAUGAAGCUCGAGCUUGCUCGUGCCAUGUUGGAGAAUGCCGAUAUUCUUCUUCUUGACGAACCUACAAACCAUCUUGAUGUGACCAACGUACAGUGGUUGGUGGACUACCUGACCAACCUCCCCAACGUGACCUCGAUGAUUGUCUCUCACGACUCCAAAUUCUUGGACAAUGUUUGCACCAACAUUAUCCAUUAUGAGAACCGCAAACUCAAGACCUACCGUGGUAACUUGUCCAAAUUUGUUGAGCAGCGUCCCGAGGCAAAGUCCUACUACGAACUCUCUGCCGCUACCGUAAAGUUCAAGUUCCCCGAGCCUGGAUUCCUUGAAGGUAUCAAGUCCAAGGACAAGGCGAUCUUGAAGAUGAUUGGCGUCAACUUCACCUACCCCGGUGGCUCCAAGCCUACACUUACUGGCAUCUCAUUGCAAUGCUCUCUCAACUCUCGUGUUGCCGUCAUUGGUCCCAACGGUGCUGGUAAAUCUACCAUGAUCAAGCUCCUGACUGGUGAGCUCGUCGCCGACUCUGGUGACGUCUGGAAGCACCCCAACCUUCGUGUCGCCUACGUGGCCCAGCACGCCUUCCAUCACGUUGAGCAGCAUCUCGACAAGACUCCCAACGAGUACAUUCGUUGGCGUUACCAGUACGGAGAGGACAAGGAAUCCCUCAUCAAGGCUGCCCGUCAGUUGACUCCCGAGGAGGAGGCUGCGCUCAAGAAGCCCAUUACCAUUGAAGGCGAGAAGCGUCUCUUUGAGGAAAUCAUGGGUCGUCGUAAGGCCAAGCGCUCAUACGAGUACGAAGUCAAGUGGAUGAACCGUUCCCACGAUGACAACACAUGGCACUCUCGCGACCGUCUCGAGGACUGGGGUUUCGAAAAGAUGGUCCAAUGGUUUGAUGAAAAGGAGGCAGCCAAGGAGGGUAUGUACGCCCGUCCCUUGACUCAAAAGGGAGUCGAGCAGCACCUCAACGAUGUCGGUUUGCAACCCGAGUUUGCUACCCACAGCCGUAUCCGUGGUUUGUCUGGAGGACAAAAGGUCAAGGUUGUCCUUGGAGCGGCCAUGUGGAACAACCCCCACAUGUUGGUUCUUGAUGAGCCUACCAACUAUCUGGACCGUGAUUCCCUUGGUGCUCUUGCUGGUGCCAUUCAAGACUUUGGCGGAGGUGUCGUUAUCAUUUCUCACAACCGCGAGUUCACUGGUGCGAUUUGCCCCGAAGUGUGGAACGUUGAUGCUGGAAAGCUUUCCAUCACUGGUGCUAAGCGUGACAUGCCCAUUGAGAAGAUUGAGUUGAAGGAAGCCGAGACUGUUACUGACGCUUUUGGCAACGUGAGCAAGGUGAAGUCCAAGAGAAAGCUUACCCGCAAGGAAUUGAAGGCAAAGGAGAAGCGUCGUGCCCUCAAAAUCAAGAACGGAGAGCCCCUUUCCGAAUCAGACGAAGAUGACUUUUAG